AUGCCUUUCAACCACACUGGUGUUAGCCACACGGUAUUCUGCUUGCUAGGCAUCCCUGGCCUAGAGGACCAGCACAUGUGGAUUUCCAUCCCCUUCUGCAUCUCCUAUGUCAUCGCCCUGCUUGGGAACAGCCUGCUCAUCUUCAUUGUCCUCACCACACGCAGCCUGCACGAGCCCAUGUACCUCUUCCUCUGCAUGCUGGCUGGAGCAGAUGUCCUCUCCACAUCCACAGUGCCUCAGGCCUUGGCCAUCUUCUGGUUCCACGCUGGGGAGAUCUCCCUGGAUCGCUGCAUCACUCAGCUCUUCUUCAUCCAUUCCACCUUCAUCUCUGAGUCAGGGAUCUUGCUGGUGAUGGCAUUUGACCGCUACGUUGCCAUAUGCUACCCACUGAGAUACAUUGCUCUUCUUACACGUGGACUGAUUAGGAAAAUUGGUGUGACUGUCUUUCUGAGAAGUUAUGGCACGAUUUUCCCCAUAAUAUUUCUUUUGAAAAGAUUGACUUUCUGCCAAAAUAAUAUUAUUCCACACACAUUUUGUGAACACAUUGGUUUGGCCAAAUAUGCUUGUAAUGAUAUUCAAGUAAACAUAUGGUACGGGUUUUCUGUUCUAAUGUCAACGGUGGUCUUAGAUGUUGUGCUAAUUUUUGUUUCCUAUGUGUUGAUUCUCCAUGCUGUCUUCCACAUGUCUUCCCAACACGCUCGCCACAAAGCUCUGCAUACAUGUGGCUCCCAUAUCUGUGUCAUCAUCCUCUUUUAUGGACCUGGAAUCUUUACAACCCUCGUUCAGCGGUUUGGACACCACAUUCCACUGCAUAUCCACAUUUUGCUGGCUAAUGUCUGCAUUCUGGCUCCACCUAUGCUGAAUCCCAUCAUUUAUGGGAUCAAGACCAAGCAAAUCCAGGAGCAAGUGGUUCAUGUGUUGUUUGCAAAACAGAAGUGA